AUGAAACGAGGAUGUUUAUCACGUGACUUAACCGCCGAAAAGUCCACUCCGCCAGCUUUUACUCCCGCACCUCAAGGCGGCCGGCCAUCUGUUCAGUCUCGUCAUCGAAGACUUUCCCUGCCUAGUCCGUUCGUGAUGCAUCGUCAAUCCGUUGUGCGGAUCGCCCGCCAGUCUGGGGGCAUUUCGCUCGUCGACUUGCCUCCUCCCUACCUUGCGCCAUCCCUCCAUUUCUCCCUGGCUCGGUCCCCAGUCCAGUGUUCGACCUUCUCGUCGACCGCCGUUGCUGCUGGCCGUGGACGUGAUCUGAACAAAACUCGUGGUGUCUCGGCCAUCCACCGCACUGGUCCAAGGUUCAAGUUGGGUGUGUCGAAAUACCCGUUGCCCAAACCAAUUUCGCCAGAGGCUCUGGACAAGCGUCAUCCGACCCCAGACCAUGGACUUUGGGGAUUUUUCCCUAAGGACCAUCAGGCAUUGAGCACGCCAGAGUAUGAUAAUGCGCAUGGCCGUUCGUGGUCUAUUCAGGAGCUUCGCGAGAAGUCUUGGGAGGAUUUGCAUGCUCUUUGGUGGGUAUGUGUCAAAGAACGCAACCGUAUAGCGACUUCCAACUUGGAAAGACAGCGAUUGAAGGCAGGAUACGGCGAAUGGGAGGCCAGUGAUCGGGAUCGAGCGAUUCGCGUCACACAGAAGAGCAUCAAGCACGUUCUUCGGGAGCGGUGGUACGCAUGGGAAGAGGCCCAACGACUGUACGAACAGGGACAUCGACCUCAGGAAGACUUGGAUUAG